AUUGAAACCAAAGCAAAAAAACACAAUAAAAGGAAGAGGAGGAGAAAGAAAAAGGGAAGAGAGUAAAAUGGAAAAAACAUGGAUAGCAGCGAUGUGUUUGAUCAUGGCUAUGAUCCGCAACACAACCGCGACCGAAUCCCCACAGUACACCGUCGUCCACACUGAAUCCGAUUUCGAAAUCAGACUCUACCGAACCUCCGUCUGGAUGUCCGCACCCGCCGUCAACCUCAUCUCCUUCGAAAAAGCCACACGAAACGGUUUCCACAGACUCUUCCAGUUCAUCCAAGGCGCUAAUCUCAAUUUCUCUCGAAUUCCAAUGACUACACCAGUAUUAACAACCACAGUCCCUGGAACCGGUCCUCUUGAAUCACAAGGAUAUUACGUUAGUUUCUAUUUACCGACGAAGUUUCAGGAGAAUCCACCGCUUCCGUUACCGGAAUUGAAUAUUAAGAGCUAUGGUUUUGAGAGUCAUUGUGUUGCGGUGAGAGGAUUUUCGGGGUUUGCAAAGGAUGAGAAGGUUGUUAAGGAAGCGGAGAAGCUGGAUUUGAGUUUGAGUAGGUGGGGUGGUGAGAGUGAGGUGAAGAGAAAAGGUGGGUAUUCGAUUGCACAGUAUAAUGGUCCUUUUAGGAUUGCUAAGAGGAGGAAUGAGGUUUGGGUUGAUGUUCAUGCUCCUCAAUUAGGAUGUCCAGAUGCUGGUGUUGCUGCAUAUUGAUCAUAAAUGAUUGUAUCAUUAUGUUUAUAUUUACUUUUAUUUAUAUCAUUAUGUAUGUGUAUAUUGUGAAAAUAUACAUGAUCCAUUGACUUGUGUGUAUUUAUGUAUGUAUGUCAAAAAAGAUAUGAACCUCAUCUUGAAAAGUUAUCAAAUUCAUUAUCUUGAAAUCUACCCAAAA